CUGCUUUGACAUCAGCUGUUCUGCCUACACACAUCAGCUGCAUCUUCUAGAAGAGGACAGCCAGGCUCAGAGAUCUGUGGCGUGAUGUUUGUCUUAUUAAUUAUCGCGGGCCUCGGAGUGGUGACGCUUCUGGUGAUUUUAUUCGCUCCACAUAUACGAAGAUAUGCAGCAGGAGCCGUGUGCAAAUCCACAGCGCGUCUGGAUGGGAAGACGGUGCUCAUCACCGGGGCCAACACAGGGAUCGGGAAAGAGACCGCCCUGGACCUGGCAGUGCGAGGCGCUCGGGUGAUAAUGGCGUGCCGAAACGUGGAGAAGGGCGAGGAGGCCGCCGCCAGUAUACGAGCCGCGUACUCGGAAGCCAAAGUGGAAGUGCGAGAGCUGGAUUUGGCAGACACCUGCUCCAUACGAGCGUUCGCUCAGAAAUUUCUGAGAGAGGUCAACCACCUUCAUAUACUCAUCAACAAUGCCGGCGUGAUGAUGUGUCCCUACACGAAAACAGUCGACGGCUUUGAGAUGCAUAUCGGAGUCAACCAUUUAGGUCACUUCCUGUUGACGUACCUCCUGAUCGGACUGCUGAGGCGCAGCGCGCCGGCCCGCGUCCUGGUGGUCUCGUCGCUGGCACACAACUUCGGCUGGAUCCGUUUCCAUGACCUUCACAGCCAGGGCAGCUACAACAGCGGAUUAGCAUACUGCCAGAGCAAACUGGCAAAUGUGCUGUUUGCCAGAGAGCUGGCCCGCAGGCUAAAAGGCACCAAUGUGACGGUGAACUCGGUCCACCCGGGCACGGUGAACUCCGACCUGACCCGACACUCGACCCUCAUGAUGAUACUGUUCACCGUCUUCUCCGUGUUCCUGAAGACGCCGCUGGAAGGAGCACAGACCAGCGUGUACUGCGCUGUGGCCGAGGAGCUCCACUCGGUGUCCGGGAAACACUUCAGCGACUGCGCCCCCGCCUUCGUCGCUCCUCAGGGGAGAAGUGAGGAGACGGCCAGCAAACUGUGGGACGUCAGCUGCGAGCUUCUGGGCAUCGACUGGGACUGAGUCCUCCUCUUCGCAACGCUCACAUUUCUCAGGCUUCCUCGGAGUCCCUCACACUUCAGUUCUUGUUUUUUCUUUUUUACAUUUUUAUUUCGAUGUUCCGUACUGGAACAUCGAAAGCUUUUCUUUUCGGUACGUUCUAUAGGAGGUAAAUCAAUGUGAAGUUUUUUUUUUUUUUGGGUGAAAUAAGAUGCAGUAACGUUGCGUGUUUUGGUGCUCUGCUGCAGCUCGAUAGACCAGAACCAGUCUACUGUAUCGACGGUUCAUAUCUUAGGACUCUAUUUUCAUAACACAAUGCGAAUACAGCAAAUGGCAAAAAAAAA